AAAAAUAAUAAAAAAAUAAAAAGAAAAACGGGGUAGGACGGUACGGUCACUUGCUUGCACUCUCUCCACUCUCCAGGACUCGCUUUCCACCGUUCGUCUUCUUCUAUAAAUAUCCCCUUUCGACCACCUGCUCAUUUUUUCCCUUCUCUUUCUCUCCACUUCGCCAUUCUCUUCCCCCACCUUUUUCCGGCGAGAUCGCCGGCUGCCACCGUCGUUUCCGCCGGACAAUACCUCCCGGCGUCGCUGUCGCCGUUCUCUUCCAGAGCUGAAGGUGUUUCGUGUUGCCGAAAAUAUAGUAUCUAUUUUUUACAUAGUUGUACGGUUAUUGGAGAAGCGAAGAAAAUGGACGGCCAUAUGGGAAUGAGGAAAACCAGCUCUCACUGUUCUAUCUCUGAGAUGGAUGAUUUCGAUCUCUCUCGUCUUCUUGACAAGCCUAGGUUGAACAUUGAGAGACAGAGAUCAUUUGAUGAGAGGUCACUCAGUGAACUGUCCAUUGGUCUUGCGAGAGCGGGCUUGGAUAGCUAUGACACUUAUUCACCUGGAGCUGGAGGAAGAUCUGGCUUUAACACACCUGCUUCAUCUACGCGGAACUCCUUUGAGCCUCACCCCAUGGUUGCUGAUGCCUGGGAAUCCCUCAGAAAAUCUCUAGUCCAUUUUAGAGGCCAACCAGUUGGCACAAUUGCAGCUGUUGACCAUCAAUCAGAGGAAGUUCUAAACUAUGAUCAGGUUUUUGUUCGAGAUUUUGUGCCCAGUGCCCUAGCCUUUUUGAUGAACGGUGAACCAGAUAUAGUUAAGAACUUCUUGUUGAAGACCCUGCAUCUUCAGGGGUGGGAAAAAAGAGUAGAUCGAUUUAAGCUUGGUGAAGGUGUAAUGCCAGCCAGUUUCAAAGUCCUUCAUGAUCCCAUUAGAAAAACAGAUACUCUUAUUGCAGAUUUUGGUGAAAGUGCAAUUGGAAGAGUUGCUCCAGUUGACUCUGGGUUUUGGUGGAUCAUUUUACUUCGUGCGUACACAAAGUCUACCGGGGAUUUAUCUCUGGCUGAAUCACCAUCUUGUCAAAAGGGAAUGAAACUUAUACUGACUCUAUGCUUGUCAGAGGGGUUUGAUACAUUCCCAACUCUGCUUUGUGCUGAUGGAUGUUGCAUGAUUGAUCGAAGAAUGGGUAUUUAUGGUUAUCCUAUAGAGAUUCAAGCACUUUUCUUCAUGGCAUUGAGAUGUGCUUUGUCAAUGCUGAAACAGGAUGAUGCAGAAGGAAAGGAAUGUGUAGAGCGUAUUGUGAAGCGUUUGCAUGCACUAAGUUAUCACAUGCGAAAUUACUUUUGGCUUGACUUCCAACAACUAAAUGACAUUUAUCGUUAUAAGACAGAGGAGUACUCACAUACUGCAGUAAAUAAGUUUAAUGUUAUUCCUGAUUCAAUCCCAGAUUGGGUAUUUGAUUUUAUGCCAACACGUGGGGGCUACUUCAUUGGUAAUGUCAGUCCAGCCAGGAUGGAUUUUCGAUGGUUUGCUUUAGGCAAUUGUGUUGCAAUUCUAUCUUCUCUGUCAACACCAGAGCAAUCAAUGGCUAUCAUGGAUCUUAUUGAAGCUCGCUGGGAUGAGUUAGUUGGGGAAAUGCCCCUAAAAAUAUCUUAUCCAGCAAUAGAGAGCCAUGAGUGGCGAAUUGUUACUGGUUGUGAUCCCAAAAAUACCAGAUGGAGUUACCAUAAUGGAGGAUCUUGGCCAGUGCUCUUGUGGCUAGUAACAGCUGCUUGCAUCAAAACGGGGAGACCACAGAUAGCAAGACGUGCAAUUGAGCUUGCUGAGAGUCGUUUACUGAAGGAUGGGUGGCCUGAAUAUUAUGAUGGUAAACUUGGGAGAUAUAUUGGCAAACAGGCAAGAAAAUACCAAACAUGGUCUAUUGCAGGUUAUCUGGUAGCAAAGAUGAUGCUGGAGGACCCUUCACACCUGGGGAUGAUUUCCCUUGAAGAAGAUAAACAGAUGAAACCGGUGAUUAAAAGAUCAUCCUCUUGGAAUUGCUAAACAAUUCAGGUGAUAGAUAAAUAGUAUAAAAAACGAAUAGAGAAAAACUUAGAAGGUGAGAUAUUGUUGCUUCAAUACACGGCACUAUUCUUGGUGAUUCCCUUCCUCGUAGGCUUGAUUGAAAGUUUGGUUUGUGUAAAAUAGCUGCUGCUGAGACUGGCAUCAUGCUUUUCCCAAAUAAGUAAAAAGACACUUAAGUUUCAUGUUCGCUAAGUUUAAUGCUACUGUCCCCCUUGUGGCUUGGGAUGAUUAUUAGUUAGAUAAGAAAAAGUAUGAAACAUUCUUCAUUAUAUUAAUGUGUUUCCUGACAGUUGUCAAUAAGGCUUCUUUUAAAAAGGGGCUAGAACAGAAAGCAUUAGCUUCUUUAUUUUGAACUUUAGGUCUACUGUUCACUUUGCUAAAAACAUGGUAAAUUAUGAUUUUUUUUUACUAUUUUCCAUGAAUACAAAUCUCCUUUCCGUUGA